AUGCAGAUAACGCCGUACCCUAAGCACCCGCCUCGAAGCCACCGGUCCACCACCGAACAACAUUUCCCAGGAAGCCCCGCGGCCCUAUCAACUUCCGGUCCGGACGUAGUCGUGUUUCCUGUGGCGGGGAGAGGAGGAGCGAGGUUCACGGAGUGGGUUCAGACCCAGCAAGCCAGAAGUCCGCGACCGAGAAUUCCGAGACUAUGCUGGACGCUGACAAGUGGAAGAACAAGUCAUUUUCGGUGCGCUCAGGCCAGGCGCAGAGAGGAAUGGGCCGGCCGUACGCUGUCUUGUCGGUCGGAUCUGGACCACAUUUCCCAGAGCGCCAGGCGACCCAUCGCUCUUCUCGCAGGAACUUGAAGGUUUCGUCACUCCUGGCGGGACCGUUAGAUCCGUGAGUUGAGCGAUCGCGGGUCCUGGGGAACCCUCUCAGCUCUACAGGUUCUGAACCGGGGAGCUCGGGAAAGCCUGAGGCACCCUCGGGGAGAUCUGGUCAGAUUCCAGCCCUGAACUGCUGUGACCUCAUCCUUUCCCUGAAACGCUGGGGAUGGACAGUAUGCUCCAUUCUGUUCUGCUCUCCAUUCCCUCUCUGUGGUGGUGAUGGGGCUGGGGUGACCUCUGACCUGGCCAGUUUGGUACCAAGAAACAGCUGCUUUCUCCUGCCCCAGUUCUACCGUUCUCUUUGUGAGGGACCCAGAAGAGGAAGGAAGAAAUGCAUGAUGAACUCCUGCAAGCAGCGUCCAAGGGGUCAGUGAUGUUCAGGGAUGUGUCCAUAGACUUCUCUCAGGAAGAAUGGGAAUGCCUGGACUCUGGUCAGAUGGGUUUAUACAGAGAAGUGAUGUUGGAAAAUUACAGCAACCUGAUCUCAGUGGGACUUUCCAAUUCUAAGCCAGCUGUGAUCUCCUUAUUGGAACAAGGAAAAGAGCCCUGGAUGGUUGCCCGAGAGCGGACGAGAGGCCUGUGUUCAGAUCUGGAAUCAAUGUGUGAGACCAAGAUAUUAUCUCUAAAGAAGAGAAAUUUCAAUCGAGUAAUAUUUGCCCACAGAGACAUGCCUACUUUUAUUCAACCAACAUUUUGUAAUCCACAUCAAAAAAUUAUUAAUGAAGGGGAACACUGUGAAUGUAAGAAAUUCAGAAAGGCUUUUAAUCACUACUCACAAUUUAUUCAACAUCAGAGAAUUCUUUCUGGUGAAAAACCCUAUGAAUGUAAGGAAUGUGGAAAAUCCUUUAGUCGUGGCUCACUCAUUACUCGACAUCAAAGGAUUCACGGUGGUGAAAAACCCUAUGAAUGUAAGGAAUGUGGCAAGGCCUUCAGCUGUAGUUCAUAUUUUUCUCAACAUCAGAGGAGUCACAGUGGUGAGAAACCCUAUGAAUGUAAGGAAUGUGGGAAAGCCUUUAAUUAUUACUCAAACUUUAAUGAUCAUCGGAGAAUUCAUACUGGUGAGAAACCCUAUGAAUGUAAAGUAUGUGGGAAAGCCUUUACUAAAAGUUCACAACUUUUUCCACAUCUGAGAAUUCAUACUGGUGAGAAACCUUAUGAAUGUAAGGAAUGCGGCAAGGCCUUUACUCAAAACUCAAGACUUAUUCAGCAUCAGAGAAUGCAUACUGGUGAGAAACCAUAUGAGUGUAAGGAAUGUGGGAAGGCUUUUAGUAGUGGCUCAACACUUACUAAUCAUCACAGAAUUCAUGCUGGUGAGAAACUCUAUGAAUGCAAAGAAUGUGGAAAGGCCUUUAUUCAGAGUUCAGAACUUAUUCAACAUCAGAGAAUCCAUACAGAUGAAAAGCCAUAUGAAUGUAUUCAAUGUGGGAAGGCUUUUAAUAAAGGUUCAAAUCUUACUAGGCAUCAGAGAAUUCACACUGGUGAGAAACCUUUUGAUUGUAAGGAAUGUGGAAAGGCCUUUGGUAGUCGCUCAGACCUCAUUCGCCAUGAGGGAAUUCAUACUGGGUAAAUGAUCGAAAAGAACUUUUUGUAAACCUUUUUGAUAUUUUUUAAAGCAAACAAUGCAUGAUCAAAGGGUCUCCUGGUAAGCCAAUUUUUUAAUGUGUUUAUAAUUUUCAUUUUUAUUUAACUUGUUAGUCAUUCAAAUUUGUUUUAAAAUGUGACUUCUAGGUCUAUAUUAAACCUGUCCUCCCUCUCUCAAAAAAGAAUCUAUCUGAAAAUUAAUUCAAUAAUUCCUUCUUUGUUGUUUUGUUCAUCUUCUUGGUAAAAUGUAAUGUUUGUGUUUAUAUUAGUUUUUGUUUUAGAGCCACCUUUUCUAUGCCUGUGUUCUGUAGAUCUCUGUUUCCAACUAUACUAUACUGUAAGUUGUGUUACAUAUAUAUCAUUUAAUUCCUGGGAGAAUUGUAAUUUUGUUUUUGAAAAGAGCUUUAUUUUUUCUUUUUAUAAAAUUAAUGUUUUCUGAUUGUAAAAGAAAAGUUUUUCUUUCUUAAAACAGAGAAAAACAAAGAAAAAAAGUAAAGAUUAUUUGUAUAAUACCUGCCAGAGAUGACUACUUUUAAAAUGUAAAAUCUUUCCAGAUUUUCCUAAGUGUAAUCUUAGUAUGCAUGCUGUACUUUCAUUGUGCCAAAAUGUACUGACUUCUGUUUUAGUAAAUAUUGAUCUCUUUAUCCUUUUAUAAAAACUUAUUUUGAAAUAAUUUCAAAAUUAUAGAACACUUGGAUGAGUAAUCCAAAAACAAUACUGACAAUGCCAAUAUAUGUGCUACCCAGAUACCCAGAUUUACCAGCUUUUCACAUUUUGCCACAUUUGCUAUAUCAUUCUAUCUACCUGCCUAUUUACUAAACAUUUGAGAAGAUUGCACCAUGCUUCUUGAACACUUAAUACUUCAUAUAUAUUUCUUGAGAACAAGAAUAUUCACUUAUGAGACCAUGUUAA